AUGCCAACCAGUACAGGUAUGGGAAGAACCGGGCCGAGGAGGACGCCAGGCGAUUUCUGACUGAGAAGGAGAAGCUGGAGAAGGAGAAAGCAUCAAUCCGCAGCGAGCUGGUGUUGCUGCGGAAAGAGAAGCGAGAGCUGCGGGAAGCCAUGAAGGGCAGCACGGGGACGAAGCUGCAGGACCUGGAGCAGCAGGUGGCGGUGCUGGAGGAGCAGUGCCGGCAGAAGGAGGAGCGCCGCGUGGACCUGGAGCUCAAGCUGACUGAAGUGAAGGAGAGGCUGAAGCAGUCGCUGGCAGGAGGGCCGGCCCUGGGGCUGGCUGUGGCCAGCAAGGCUGAGAGUGGGGAAGCUACGAACAAGACAUGUGGGAGCCCCGCUGAGCACUUGGUCCCUGUUAAUUGUGCAGCCGAACUGAGGAAGAGAAGUCCCUCCAUCCUGCCCACCAACAAGGGAAACGUGCUGCGGAAGGCCAAGGUCCUCAAUGUCUCUUCAUCCCUUGCUGAUUUGUCUUUCUCUGCAGGAAUGGGAAAAGAAGCAGACUUAAGCUGGGCUGCAGGAACUCCGGCCGAGACCCACUGGACAUUGGGCUUCAUGGAGGAGCUACAAGCCCCUUUCCUCUGA